AAGAACUUUUAAUUUUUUUAAAAUUUUUUUCUCUUUUCUCUCUCUCACACGCCCACAUUACCAUAUUACUACGACAACCACUAUUGCUUUCUACCUAAUCCAAACAAGAGAAAAUUAGAGAGAAAGUGAAGGAAAAUUUAUUAAUGGCAACGAAUUUUGAGCUAACCUUUUUACUCUCUUCUUCUUCUUCUUAAUCACAAAAAGGAAAAAAAAGAAAAAGAAAAAAGAAAAAUCAGUGGGAGGCAAAGUGAUCCCAGCGAUUUUUUGUUGCUUCGGCUGCGGAUCUAUUUGGUAUAUUAGUGGUUUUGUUCAAUGUGAAGCUUGUUUCGGUCUGGACUGGUUUGACUCCAUGGGGACUUGGGAUGUUUCGUUUUCGGUGAAGUUGCGGAAUGUCUCUCGUUUGUUCUCGGUGACCGUAGUUUGUUUUUUUUCUUUUUUUCUGGGUUUGUGUGCUCUUCAAUGGUAAUCGGCGAAAAUGUCGGCUACUUUAGCGGCUUUCGAACGUCCGCGGCCUGGUGGUCCGAAUACGGUUUUCAAGAGCGGCCCACUUUUCAUAUCUUCAAAAGGAAUAGGUUGGAAGUCUUGGAAGAAGAGAUGGUUUAUCCUUACACGCACUUCUUUGGUUUUCUUUAAGAACGAUCCUAGUGCACUUCCACAAAAAGGUGGUGAAGUAAAUUUAACUUUGGGCGGCAUUGAUUUGAACAACUCUGGGAGCGUUGUUGUUAGAGAAGACAAAAAGCUCCUGACUGUAUUGUUUCCUGAUGGACGUGAUGGGCGUGCUUUCACCCUUAAGGCUGAGACAUCUGAAGAUUUAUAUGAAUGGAAGACAGCCCUUGAACAUGCCCUUGCACAAGCACCAAGUGCUGCCCUUGUUAUGGGACACAAUGGGAUUUUCCGGACCGACACAAAUGAUACAAUUGAAGGGUCUUUCCAUCAAUGGAGGGAGAAACGGCCUGUUAAGUCAUUGGUUGUAGGAAGACCAAUUUUGCUUGCACUAGAAGAUAUUGAUGGAGGUCCAUCCUUCCUUGAGAAAGCUCUGCGGUUUCUUGAAAAUUUUGGUACUAAAGUUGAAGGAAUUUUACGACAGUCUGCAGAUGUUGAGGAGGUGGAGCGUAGAGUUCAAGAAUAUGAACAAGGCAAGACUGAAUUUGGUUCUGAUGAGGAUGCUCAUGUUGUUGGUGAUUGUGUUAAGCAUGUUUUGCGCGAGCUACCCUCUUCUCCUGUACCUGCAUCCUGCUGUACAGCAUUGCUAGAGGCUUAUAAAAUUGAUCGAAAGGAAGCUCGUAUGAAUGCAAUGCGCUCUGCAAUAUUGGAAACAUUUCCUGAACCUAAUCGCCGAUUAUUACAGAGAAUUCUGAAGAUGAUGCAUACAAUAUCCUCUCACUCUCAUGAGAAUCGGAUGACUCCAUCUGCAGUUGCUGCAUGCAUGGCACCCUUGCUUUUACGCCCUUUAUUAGCUGGUGAAUGUGAACUGGAUGAUGAUUUUGAUAGCAAUGGUGAUAAUUCUGCACAGCUUCUUGCUGCAGCAAAUGCUGCUAAUAAUGCUCAGGCAAUCAUUACAGCACUCUUGGAGGAGUAUGAGAGCAUCUUUGAUGAUGAAAAUCUACAACGAUGCUCUAUUUCAGCUGAUUCUCGGAUUGAAAACAGUGGGAGUGAAGAUUCAACUGACGAUGAGAAUAUUGAUCUGAAACACAAUGGCUACCAUGAUGCAGAAAAUGAAGUUGAUCCAGAAACAGAUGAUGAACCCGAACGUAUAAAUAGUGGUAAAUUGAGUGAAAGCAGUGGUUAUGCUGGCAGUGACCUCUAUGACUAUAAGGCAUUUGGAGGUGACGAUUCAGAUGUUGGAUCGCCAAAAGAAAAUCAUGCCUCAGCUGAGAGUUCAAAUUUAUAUAUUGAUCCUCAACAGGUCAGGGAAGCAAAUGUUCAGCUGAUGGAAGAACAUGGCAAUCCGAAGAAGGGUAAUGAUAGCUCAAUCAAUGAGAUGGACCCGGCGAGUGUAUCACCAGCUGGAGAUUCUCACCGUUCAAUGGGUGAUAUUUUGUCAUCAAUGGAUCCAGGGCAUCCUUUAGCUGUAUCUGGACUUGAACCAGGUCCUGGAAAAGCAACGAGUAAAGUUACAGGCUUAAAUCCUAUUACAAAACGAUCAACAUUCUGGGGAAGAAGCAAUGCUAGAAAGACACCAUCGGUGGAAUCAGUUGACUCUUCUGGAGACGAAGAGCUUGCUAUUCAGAGGCUUGAAAUUGCCAAAAGUGAAUUGCAACACAGGAUUGCAAAGGAGGCUAGAGGAAAUGCAAUUCUACAAGCUAGCUUGGAGAGAAGGAAGCAAGCUUUGCAUGAGAGGCGAUUAGCUCUUGAACAAGAUGUGUCAAGAUUGCAAGAGCAACUGCAAGCUGAAAGAGAUCUUAGAGCUGCACUGGAAGUUGGCCUGAGCAUGUCUAAUGGACAAUUUUCCAGUUCACGUGGCAUGGAUUCUAAGACAAGGGCUGAGCUUGAGGAGAUCGCUCUUGCAGAAGCUGAUGUGGCCAGGUUGAAGCAGAAAGUUGCAGAACUCCACCAUCAACUUAAUCAGCAGCGGCAGAAUCACUAUGGUUCACUCUCUGAUGCUUGUGAUCGUUAUCAGCAUGUCCAGAGUCAUAAUUCUCAACAGAGAUUUCUUCAGCAAGAUUUCGACACAACUCUUGCCUUUUGUAAUCAUGAAAGAAAACAAAGGACAGAGGAGAGUUUGUUGGGGACAGAUUGGAGGAAUAUCAAAGGACAAGUAUUAGUAUCUGGCAGUGGGAGCAGGCAGCCAAACCGGAAGCCAUUCAUGGACUCUACUAGCUUAACUGAUUCUAAAAGCACUGAGGCUUCGACUAGUAUGUCUAUGGACGAACUUUCUGCAGUUGAUUCUGCCGCAGUGCCUUCCACUUCUAGAGCUGCAGAAGUAGUGGAUUAUCCAAGACACCCAUCAGCAGCAUCUUCUGCUUUGGUAGAAUUGACGACGCGUCUCGAUUUCUUCAAGGAAAGACGUUCACAGCUCAUGGAACAGCUCCAUAACCUUGACUUGAACUAUGGCACAACAUCUACCCAAGAUUUUGUCUAUAGACCAUCGUCUCCUCCAUGGAAUUGAUGACACCACAAACUCCACAUAAAGAUUUCUUUAGAUCAUUAUCCCAGCUGUGGUGGAACUAAUAACCAAAGGCGGAGCUCAUCGAAUGAAAUCUGGGAAGAUGUAUGCCUGACACUUUGUACAUCCUUUGAUACCAUUGCAUAUAGUUGUAGUCAUGCGCUCUUUUAAUUUCUUGUUUCAUAUUUAAAGUUUUUUUCUUUUUCUUCUUUCUUGGUGAAGAUGUCAUGUGAUUGGAUCUCUUAUAAGGAAGUGUUUCUGUUCUUUUUUUUAUUUAUUUUUUUAACUUUUUCCUGGCGGACUUUUAUAAACAAAGCAAUCCUCUGUUGUGUCCAUAGUAGUGGUGGGGGGUAACGUUAUCGAGCGAAAAUAUUUAUAGGAGAAGAAAAAACUUUUUGUAUAAUUUUUCUUUUGUUUGGUGUUUUUUCUUUGGUGGGAAUGCUCUUGUACAUUUGACUCGGUUGAUUGUAUCAUGGAUUAUCUGGCAAUGGCAUUCUGGCUAAUUCAGUUA